AUGGGAAAUUAUUAUAUGAAACCAUGGAGAUUAGCAUCUUUAAAUUAUAAUUAUUCAAAUAUUGCUGAAGAAGAUUGGCGUAGUGUGGAAGAAAAUACAAAUGCUGCUGAGUCAGCACAUGCCAAUGCUAAUCGAGAAGGAUCUCAAAUGAAUCAAUACAAUAUCCCCAAAACUGGUCAUUCGUCAGGACCUAUAGCUGAAGCCACUAAGUCAAUUAAAAAAUUUGAACCUUCAAACCACAAAAAAAAUCUGCCUACUAACAAAAGAACUUCAAAUUCUAAUGCAGCUAUGGCAAACAAUGAAGAAUUAAAUGAUUUGGAUACUGAAAUUGCCAAAUGA